AUGUCUAAGGUGCUGGCAAUCGCAGGCAAGAUUACUGGAGUCGGCGUGUCCGUCCUUUCCGUCACCAAUGCGCGACAUCGCCAAAUGGGACAUAUGUCAAACGCAAUCGGUUAUCACGUUGAUACUUUCUUCAAACCGCACGAAGUUGCCGGUUUUCUGGAUUUUCGUAUACCAUCAGAAACCAAAUCUAUUGGUCGUAACGCGAAUUUUUUUCUGUUGUUUUCAGGAAACGUUUUCGUUAUAGCCGCCAUUUUACUAGAAAGAAAUCUGCAAAAUGUCGCCAAUUAUUUGAUCGUGUCGUUGGCUGUCGCUGAUCUUAUGGUUGCUUGUUUGGUAAUGCCUCUGGGAGCAGUUUACGUGAUCAGCAACAACUGGAUAAUGGGACCAGAAUUGUGCGACAUGUGGACAUCGAGCGACGUACUCUGUUGCACGGCUUCCAUUUUACACCUUGUCGCAAUUGCAGUCGAUAGAUAUUGGGCGGUGACAAACGUCGACUACAUCCACACCCGCAACAGUAACAGGAUAGGUAUCAUGAUUGUAUUGGUUUGGGGUGUCGCUCUAAUAGUCUCGGUAGCGCCUCAAGUACCCCAAUUUGGCUGGAAGGAUCCGGACUACCUUUACCGCAUUAACGUUAAAAAGCAGUGCUUGGUUAGCCAAGAUGUGGGAUAUCAGAUCUUUGCGACUUGCUCUACGUUUUAUGUUCCUCUACUUGUGAUCCUCGUUUUAUACUGGCAAAUAUUUCAAACGGCGAGAAAACGUAUCAGAAGAAGACGCCAGCAAAAAAGUCAGAUAGAAGAAAAGACGAAAAUCAGUAGUGGUAGUAAAAUUAAGAAAAACUUUUUAAGUAAAAGAAAAUUUUUACGUAUGAAACAGUGCGCAAAUAAGAAAUCGUCUGCGACCGAGGCGCUAAUGGCCUCUAUGGUUAUGGUAGAGGGUCAGUCGACCACAACGAUGGAGGUGUUGGAGGAGCAAGAUGAGCGUGAGAUUAACGGGACGGGGGAGGAGACCACCGCUUUUACGAUUUCCAAACCGAAAACGCAGCUGAUCCCUUUGCAGAACAACACUCAUCAUCCGAUCUCAAACAACGUUUCGCCCGAAAAAUCCUCAACGGGAACCACAAAUAACGGCUCCGCCAGCCAUCAAAGUCACAUAAGCGACAUCAGCCGUGUCGAAAUGAUUGCGCGAGAAAUAAAAGACGCCCAAAUAGGUUCGUCGGCGGCCGUACCGUCCCGAAGAGAUAAAAAGGAGAGUUUAGAAAGCAAGCGAGAACGUAAAGCUGCUAAAACACUGGCAAUCAUAACCGGAGCUUUCGUUGUUUGUUGGCUUCCAUUUUUUAUUCUCGCACUGCUCAUGCCGCUGUGCGAAUCCUGCAAUAUUAGCGACUAUAUUAUUAACUUCUUCCUCUGGUUAGGGUACUUUAAUUCCACUCUAAAUCCCGUGAUUUAUACAAUUUUUAGUCCCGAAUUCCGACAGGCGUUUAAACGAAUUUUGUGCGGAGGACACGGAAGGGCGCGCGGUGUUAGAAAUUUUCGAUCGGGAAAACUUAGAUAAAACCAAUUUUCCCCGCAACACUCCAUUGUACAUAAUACAGUUAAUGGUUGUUAUAUAAAUAUCAAAGUACUAAUACGCUACAAUGUCUUUCCACAUUAUAGCCAUAUCUCGCUGCAAGGCUAAUCUUGCAAACGGUUAUGCCUCGCCACUGCGCGUUCUUAGAUUAAUUUUAAGUUCGAUUCUCCUUUUUUUUUGUACCACAAAGUGACUUUUGUCAUAUAUCAAAGUAUCGAUGUAUUUCGGUCAUACGGGAUUUGUGUAAAUAGUCGGUAACAUUGUACAUCUCCUUGUAGCACACGUCGCGUCUGUAUAUUGAAUUGUGGAUAAUACGAGGUGAUGAGUGUAAUUUAAAACAAGUAGGUAAUAAAGCAGUCAUCUCGUUUUUACCAUGAAAGUGUCGAAAGUAAACCACCUUAAUUAAUUAAGGCGCUUUAUUACCAUUUUCCCUCCAGUAAUAUACAUAUUCACCCCUCGUUAUCCUCUUUUGUUUACUACAAGGAAGAUAAUACGGGAGCGUCCUUCAAAAAUAUAC